UUCCGGUUGUCUAGAGCGGUGUUAAUUCCGGUCGAAACGAUUGCCGAUCGUUCACCCCGCUUGGGUUAGAGACGAGACUAGCCUCGAGUGUUCAUCUCUCUAGAUUAAUCGUAGACUGCUUGGUUCGAUCGAAAUCGUACGACCCGUUUCUUUUGAAGAACGGAGUCCAACCAUCCCGGUGACUUCUUCCCCGCGGAAAGUAGAACCAUCUGCGCAGAACGAAGGCGCGGGCGGAGGAGGAGGAUCGCGAAACUGUUGCGGCAGUCGUCAUGGGUGCCGAGUCAUGAAGGGAGGCGAAGUGCGCGUCCACGUCGUGGCCUAUCGCACCUCGUGGCCCGUGGCCGUCGUCUGGGCCUGUCUGUCGGCCUUAGUGGCCGUCACCUGCGUCUUAGCCUUUCUACAACCGGAGUGGUUCGUCCGACAAGAACAGGACGCAGAAACCAGGCAGAUAUUGCGUUACGACCGAGACACGGUGGUGUACGUAUUGGGCGUUUUCGGAGUGUGCUAUCGCGAUCCUUAUCCCAGAAUUCGCCAAUUUUCCUGCCACAACUUUGGAGCCAGCCGAGAUUUUGCUUACUUUCCUUCUACUGCCUGGCAGGCUUCUUGCGUACUGUACGGUUGCGGAUGCAUCAUGUUGACCUGUUGCGGACUUCUGGCUUUCCCUUCUUUGUGGUCCAAGGAGCAAAGGAAGAGAAGAAUGCUGAUCGUAUUAAUGGGACACGUGCAGAUAGCGGCAGUGUGUCUUCAGACGGCGGCUCUUCUGUUAUAUCCUUUAGUACUGACUUCUCACUUCGGUCGUAUGCAUUGCGGCCACAGAUCGGACUUAUAUUUUCCCGACUCUUGUAGAUUGGGGUGGGCCUAUAUGCUGGCCAUUACCGGGACCGUUCUGGCAUAUUAUUGCCCCUUUCUGGCCCGAUUUUCUAGUUACAACGUUUAUAGCCGCUGCUAUUGGGCCCAGGUAUGAGAACACGCGGUUCGGAUUUCGCGCAUCCGAGAUUCAUCCAUCGAAAGAAAAUGGAAAAGCGUAGAUGAUCAUUUUAAGGCGUUUGAGUUCAGCUUGACAAGUGACCUUAUUUGCUUAGAAGAAUUAAUUAGUCGGCGCCGAAUCGAACUGGAAGGUGUAAAAUUUUGAAUUUAUCGACUUAUUUAUUGUCAGAAGCAGCACCGGUCGAGAGAACAGAGGAAUCAUCUUCCGGCUACAUGGAAUUAAAAAGAAGUUUUACUGCCGUUUUACAUUCGUGCGAGGGUC